GGCUCAUUACUUUGUGCUGUAAACAGUAGGCAAGAUGUAUCUUCAACUCUCCUUUCUCUUAUUAGCCCUUUUACAUAAUGGUGUGUGCGUGUUGAAUGAUGAGCCUGUUGGUGGGACAGUGCUUCUUAAUCAAGGGUUCACCAUGUCAUGUUCCUUCCAUCCUCCGUUACCUCUUACUGUGGUCUGGUUUAAAGACUCGGAAGAGAGAGGUACGGAUUUCGGUGGGACUAGGAUCAACAUUACAUAUAACGCAGCCAGUGGUGUUAGCACAUACGCUUUCUCAGAUGCAACGUAUGAUGAUGCUGGUGACUACUCUUGUGAGUCUAGGGACGAGAACAGUCAGCCUAUAGAUACAAGCGAUGAAGCCACCAUAGUGGUCCAUGGUACUCCCAUGUUUGGGAAUCUCUUACAGGCAUCAACAGUUUCUGUUGGAGGCUCAGCACAAUUCACUUGCAGCGUAGAAGCAGUCCCUACUGCAACAAUAACUUGGAGCUUUAACGGACAAACGCUAACUACUGGUGGACAGUAUGUUGUGGCCGGUAUAACACUCAUCAUUUCUAAUGUACAAAUGUCAAAUGAUGGAUUCUACAAAUGCACUGCUACAAAUACUUACGGAACUAAUUCAACUUCUGCUAGACUAACAGUUACAGCUUCUCCAGUCAAUCCAACUGUGACAAUAACAGAAGGAUCUCAACUCACAGUUGGACAAGGAGGCUCUACCAUACUCCAUUGCACCGUGGAUGGUGAUAAUAUUGCUUUUAUACGCUGGGUUAAAUCAGGAACUGGUGAACUGACAAUUGGAGUUUCUAAAUCAUCAGAUGGUGCUACGUUAACAUUGUCUAAUGUAGCAACAAGUGAUGCAGGUACCUACACUUGUACUGCUAGUACUACUGAAAAUGGAUUUGGCUCUGACAGUAUUACAGUUACUGUUGUUGCAUUACCACAGAUUUCAAUUAGUCCUAGCUCAGCUACUAAACUGUCUGGUGAAACACUGGGUUUAUCAGAAGCUCCAAUAUGCUCACUAACAAGUGGUACUCAAGGAGAUAUUGUGUGGAGAGCUCCCUCUGGAGUUGAGGUACCACAAAUCGCAGGCCAAAUGAAUAUAGCAAGGCCACUGACUGUGAGUGAUGAUGGAACAUAUCAAUGUGUAGCAGCUAAUCUUGCUGGGACUACAACACAGACUUUUACACUAACAGUCAAUGCUUUUCCAACAUUUACCACCAAACCAGCUGACAUUAAGAUAAGCUAUGGGCAGAAUAUUUUCCUACCUUGUCAAGCAACUGGUAAUCCAGCUCCAUCUGUCUCGUGGUCAAAAACUGGAGAUCCUCUACAGCAGCAGAGCGUUAAACUACCCGAUGGUCUCCAGCUGUACAGUGUCGCUAGCAGUGAUCAAGGAACUUAUACUUGUACUGCUGUUAAUUCAGUUGGAACCAAUUCAACAUCAGCAGUUAUUACAGUUACAAUUCCUCCACACAUCAACUCUAUAGUCCCAAGCAGAGACUACUAUGUUAAUCUUGGUGACGGGAUCACCAUUAGCUGCAAUGUGAGCUCUCAGCCAGGCUCCACUGUUGUGUGGUAUCACAAUGGGACGGUCAUUCCUCAGAGCGGGAGAGUGCAAAGACUCCAGCUGUCAUCUUCUCUUUGGUCACUCUCCAUUGCUGGAUCAACGUAUGAGGAUGGUGGCAUCUAUACUUGCAACAUUACAAAUACUUUUGUGUUUGAUUUUGUGUCAUUGAAUGUGAUUGUAGGAAUUAAGACUGCUAUCAUUAGCGGCCCGUCUGAUCUUAAUGUGACGCAAAAUCAGGAAGUGUUUCUCCCAUGUCAUGCUAACGGUAUUCCACAGCCAACAAUAAACUGGUACAAGACGGAGGAAACAGAAUCGAUUGACAACGAAACACAACUAGCAACAUUUGGGUUCUCUUACAGGAUUGAGUCAACUGGUCUAAGACUUUUAAGUACCCAGAGGGAUGACUCUGGCUAUUAUCGCUGUCUUGCUGAUAAUCAAGUUGGUACUGACAGUCAAUCAGUGAGAGUAAGGGUAGAAGGUCCUCCAAUGGCAGUAAGUAUAUCCCCAACUCUCUUCAUUGCUGGAACCACUGCUUAUAUCAAUUGUCAAAUAUUCUACGACUUCCCUCAGUCAACCUUUCAGUGGUAUGACGCUGCUACCAAUGCUCUCUUCCUCCCACCACGCUUCACUACACUGUCCAAUGGGACUCUCAUUGUUUCUCCUAUUGAAGGAAGCGACCACAAGGAGUACCUGUGUAGCGCUAGCAAUCAAUACGGAACCUCUUCAGUCUCUCAGUUCAUCACUGUGCAUGUUCAUCCUCAGCCUGGCUUUUCAGAAAGCAAUGGAGUCUUUGGUAUCUUGGAUGACAGUUUUUCCUUCUCUUGUACUGCCACUGGUAGACCCAGUCCAACAUUAGCACUGUACACUCCUGAUGGAGGAGAAGCAGACUCAACAAUGUUUGAUCCUAGUACGGGUACAUUCACUACAACUAGUUUCCAGGUGAUUCACUCCGGUUCAUACAACUGUGAAGCUACUAAUAUAGUUGGAGCGACGAACGCUACCCUUGAGGUCGGGAUAAGGGGUGCUCCCCCUCGUCUCCCUGCAGUCAACCCUCUAGGAUCAAGAGAAAUGAGAGUAGCAUGGAAUGGCCCAGAGCCGGAACUUGCUGGACAGUUGCUCUCGUACGUCUUAAGUUAUGGCAUCUCAGAUCUCUCUGAGAGGAUUGUUGUCAAUUCAAUUGGGACAUCCGCUUUCAUCAGUGACCUUGAGGAGUAUACUGAGUACCUGUUUGAGAUUAGAGGGGUGUAUGCUGGUGGGGUAGAAGGCCUGAGUAUUAAUGCAACUGGAGUCACGCUUGAAGCUGCUCCUUCUGGUUCACCACGUAACAUCUCACUAGUUUCACUCACUGAAGCACUAGAAGUUUCCUGGACUUCACUUGAGCGGUUUGAUCAGAAUGGCAUUAUACUCAAUUACACUAUUUAUUAUCGCGAGACUCCAGAUAACUCCUCUGCUGCACAGAACUAUACUUCAAUCACUUAUGUUGUGCCUCCCACUCACUCUGAGGAUGACGAACCAUUCAGUGCCACUAUUAGUGACCUUAAAGGAGGCAAAUCUUAUGAUGUAAAAAUGCAAGCACACACAGCAGUUGGAGGAGGACCAAACAGCACUGUAGUGAGGCUAGAAACUAUGAGAGCAUUUCCAUUGGUUCUCGUUCUCUCCAUCACAAUACCUGUCGUUGUCAUAGCCCUUGUUGCCCUUGGGGUUCUACUUAUUUUCUUACUUCGGAAGUGUUAUAUAAAGAUAAAGAAAGCAAGGCUUUACUCUCCAAAGAAAGGAGAAGCUGCUUACGGCAAGAAGAAGAAAAAGGGCGGAAAGAAAUCUAAAGCAGAUGUUAGUAAUCCAGUGCCUGAUAUUCCUCCUAAAGUUGAUGGUUCCUCAAAAGGAAAGUUUAGCUUAAGACGAGCUGAUGGCUCCACUGUGCCUUCCAAUCCAAGAGUCAUACAGCCAGGAGAUGUUGCAAAGAAGAAGAAAUCUGGAGCAAAAGUCGUCUCUGUCAAAAACAAAAGGGAAUCAGUUCUAUCUAGCGAGUUUGAUCCAUAUGAUGAUCCAGAUGAAGUAACACAGACCAGACGUCCUAAGAAACCCAAGCAAGGCCGGGAAGGGUUUGCACCGAGAGACAGCCAGUCAGAAAUAUACGAGAGGCCAGCUGACCCCAAACCAAAGAAGAAGAAAGAGUCGGUAGCCAGUUUUAUAUAUGAUGAUAAUAUUGUAGAGGAAGAUGAGGAAUCACUAGUUGAAAUGCCAAUUGUCAUUAAACCAAAGCAUGGGAAGGAAGGAGAAGAAGAGAGUGACGACGAAGAGAUAAAGCCUGUUGUAAUAAAACCAAAGCAUGGAAAACAAGCAAAGCAAGAAGAGGAGGAAAGUGAUGAAGAGCUGAAGCCUGUUGUGAUAAAACCAAAGCAUGGUAAGGGAGCAGCACAAGAUGAUGAGGAGAGCGAUGAAGAGCUUAAGCCUGUUGUAAUAAAACCAAAGCAUGGGAAGCAAGCAGCACAAGAGGAAGACGAAAGUGAUGAAGAAAUUAAACCUGUAGUCAUCAAACCAAAGCAUCCAGCCCAGAAGAGAAAACAGCAACAAGAUGAUGAUGAUGAUGAUGAUGAUGAUUUACCAAAGCCUGUUACCAUUCAGCCUAGACAUGCAAAGAGAGGUCAGCAGGAGGCACCAGUGAAAAGACGUAAGCAAUUAGAGGUGGUUGAAGAGUCAGAUGAGGAGGAGGAGGAAUCUGAAGAGGAAGAGGAACAAGAAGAGACUGAGGAUGAUCAAAAGCAGAUCUAUUCUCGUGUCCCACCUGCUCACAUUCAAAAGAAACGCACGAAAAUGCUCAAAGAGAAAAUGAAAGCAGAUGAGAAGAAAAGAAAAGAGAAAGAGAAAAUAAUGGCUAAGAUGAGGAAAGAGAAAGAGAAGGCCAGGAAGAAGGCCGCGAAACAGAAGAAGAAACAAAUGGGGACUCAGCUUAAGAGACAGUCCCAGAGUGAAUUGAGGAGACAGUCACUUGGUUUGGAUAACAUUAUGUCAAUGAGAGACAUGAACACAAGACCACAAAUGGGAAGACAACUGAGAUACUCAAUGGAUUACUCCAGUGCCGGCAUGUUUUAAUGCACAAACUUAAAACUAUUAACACAGCACACGAAAUACUGAUACUAUUAUAGUGCUUUGUCACUUCAUUUUUAUGACCUUUUUCUCUUUAUACACUUUAAGGCUAUCUAAACAUUAUGUCCUUGCAACAUUUUAUAAAAGAAUAAUUACAGUGGUA